AAACGAACGGAAGAGAGAAUGAGAGAGACACAAGUCUCUUACUGCGUGAGCGAGAGUAAACCCUGCGUGGGUUGGGUUGAGAAAUACUUCAGUGACUGUCUCUGCAAUUUAAAUGAUGACAUAUCCUUCGGCUUUGGGUUGAUUAGUCUAAUAUGUUGGGGAGUCGCAGAAAUUCCUCAAAUAAUUACCAACUUUCGCGCUAAGUCUACUCAUGGAGUCUCCCUUGCCUUUCUCCUCACUUGGGUCGCCGGAGAUAUAUUCAACCUCGUCGGUUGCCUUCUGGAACCAGCUACGUUGCCGACCCAGUACUAUACAGCUCUGCUUUACACAAUCACUACUAUCGUAUUAGUUCUGCAAAGUUUCUACUAUGACUACAUCUAUAAAUGGUGCAAGUGUCAUCGGAAGAUCGACGCGGAAAAGGCUGAUGAAGAGGAGAAAAAACCUUUGAGACCGAAAUUGGGCUACGAGUCAGGAAUUCCAAUACAAAAUGGUGGAACCAGAGCAACACCUCGACGGGAGUACUACUAUAGGUCAGCGAGAUCAUUGGCUGGUAAUGAUACCCCACCAUUGGGUAGCUACUUGAGAGGUGCUAGAAGUGUCCCUUCAGCCAUGGAACGGAACAAUGAUUCGUCUUCUGAUGAUGAGGCACCUCCACUUUCCUCUACACAACCUAGACCCAUCCCCCGCUCUGUCCCUGCAAGUUACGGAACUUUUCUAGCAGCAUCUUUAAACUUGCCACGACAGGGUAAUGCUUUGAGGGAGGGAUACAUAAGAUUGAGUGGAAGAAAACUACUCUUGCAGGAACAAGAAAUGCACAGUGCUUUGGGUCAAUGGUUAGGAUGGUUCAUGGCUGCUAUUUAUAUGGGUGGCCGCCUCCCUCAAAUAUGGUUGAAUAUUAAACGAGGGAGCGUGGAGGGCCUAAAUCCUCUUAUGUUCAUGUUUGCACUGAUCGCCAAUGCCACAUAUGUGGGAAGUAUUCUUGUACGAACAACCGAAUGGGAAAGCAUCAAAGCCAAUAUGCCAUGGUUGUUGGAUGCCAUAGUUUGCGUGGCAUUGGACCUAUUCAUAAUCUUGCAGUACGCCAACUAUAGAUACCUUCGGCAGAGAGCAGAAAACGACGGUGAUUAUGGAAACUACAAAGAAGCCAUAAAAAGUGUUGUGUCUUGAUUUGUGGGACUGUAACUGAUGCAUGUUAACCUUCCCAAAAUUGAACCGGCGUUACACUUUUAUUCUACCAAUACCACGACAUUCAAUUAUUAGUGUUUGGGUCUGGCUAAAAAUUGAUAUGGACUAAUUAUAAUUAGGAAACGCGUCAAUUCGCGUGCUAAAAUGAGGUAUAUGACUACCAGCUAUCAAGUUAAUUGUCAAAUUUAUGAAUUAUGAACCGUUCGAAAUUUGUUUACCAAAUCAUAAAGAAAAAUUUCC